AUGGAGAAGGAGAUGAGAUUGUUUGGAGUGAAAAUAGUGGAAAGAAAGCUAGAUAUCAAAGAAGAUGAUAAAGGCCAUGGAGAAGAAGGAGAAGAGAAGAUAAGAAAGACCCAAAGCUUGAACAACCUCUCCACUAUCACCAUUAAACCAAGAGAAGCCAAACAUCAAGGCUAUCUCUCUGAUGGUUUAAACAUUGCUACAUCAUCCAAAGCUAAGUCAAGAGGAUAUGUGAGAAAGAAAGGAAGACCAUGGACAACAGAAGAACACAUGACUUUUUUGAUAGGCAUGGAGAGACUUGGGAAAGGAGAUUGGAAAGGGAUAUCAAAGAACUUUGUGAGAACAAGAACUGCUUCUCAAAUUGCUAGUCAUGCUCAGGAGUAUUUUCUCAGGCAGAUUAAUCCUAAAAAGAAAUCCAGGGACAGUCUCUUUGAUGCACCAGUCAUCACCAUGGUGUGUCCUUUUGGAGCUUCAGGAAUGCAACAUUUGCAUCAAAUGGUUGGAGGUGGUGAUGAUGGAAUCUGGAAAAAGGAGCAGUUCCCAGUCUACAGUGUCUCUGGGCAAGUGUUUCCAGGAUUGAACUCAUGUUUCAAUGCAAAUGUUAGUGAUUUCCAGAGGGUAUCAACUGGGCAAACUCAGAGGCCAACUCAUCCAAUUGUCUUCACUGCAGCAAAGCUUUGCAGGUUAGAACAUCAGAAGGAUUGAGGGGCUAACA